UUGUUUUUUCAGAUCUUUCUUCCCUUUUUUUUUUCAGGAACUUUUGAAGUUUGUGUCACAGCCAAAAUUGGAUUAGGUACAUUGAAAACUCUUUUAGAGAUUUUCACUUAUAAUCCAAAUGCUAUUAAACAGUCAUUUGACCAAGCCGCCGAAAGCCAUGAAAUAAAAAAAUCAUUACAGAGAUUGUUCAGCAUUUUCUACAGUUUACGGCUUUAUCAUACACAAGUCGGGUUGGAUACACAUUUACAGGAGAAAAAUAUGCAGUACAUUGAUGCGUUUUCCACGAUACAAACAGCAAUCAUGAUUCUGUCUGGUGUAAUUCAGGUAUACGUUAUACAACGAUUCUUCUAUAUUGAUCCAAGGCGGAUACGCAUUUAG